AUGGACUCAAAUAAUGCAUCCAAGGUUGGAUGUCGUUUCAAUGGUCGAUUACGUCAUCAACAUGCCGCUGUUCCACGGCCCAUUGUAGACAACAACAAGAAAUAUAACAAUAAUAAUUAUAGGGAUGAUUUUAUUGGACCUGGAUCACCAAGUUUUAGAGAAUAUUGUACUGAUUAUGAUUCUGUGGAUAGAAGUUCUAUGGUAGAUUCUAAUGAUUAUACUGAAUCUGGAGAAAGCAUGAAGAAUAGUAGUAGUGAUGAAGAUUCAGCAAAACCAGGAAAUGAGAAAAGUAGUCAUUCCAGCAAGGAACCUGAUAAGAAAGAGAGAAGAGGACGAGGAGGAUUUAGAAAUGCCAUGCAUAAGGGAAAGGCGAGAGGAGGGAGAAGGAAUCUUCUUAACUUUGCUUGCUACAACUCUAGCACUCAGUCUUACGCUGAAGUUUUCUGUCACCGUAACUACAAAAACCCAUCAACGAGAGUACGAGACCCACCUUCCCUCCGCAAAUUGACUGUGCGCUCUCUCCCUCCAUCGACGGCGGAGUCUCUCCCUCCAACGACACCGACAUCUUUUCGAUUUCUUCUUCAAGAUUUGAGAAUGUCUCCUCCUUCUCAGGAAGUAACAGACGGUAAUGCUCCUAAUUUAUCCACCAAUGCCAGUGCUACACAACAAGAAUCUGUUGCUCCAAGCCGCGGGAAAACUGAUCCGGCAUGGGAGCAUUUUUCAUUCAGGAAGGAAGGUGAAUCUAAUGUAUUCACUUGUAUCCAUUGCUUGUUAGAAUAUAGAGGAGGCGGUAUAUGUAGAAUGAAGUUUCAUCUUGCAGGAAUAAAGGGUAACAUAGCUGCUUGUAAGAAAGUUCCUCAUGAUGUUCGUCAUCAAUUCAUCCAGAUAAUAAAGAAUAACAUGCAAAAAAAGAACACUUCUGAUCUCAAUGAUGCAUACGAGGAAGAAGUAGAUGUGGUUCAACCUAGCCAAGUGAUUUCUAAAAAAAGAAAAGCCACCGGUGAAAUUGAAAGUUUCUUUGCUCCAAGGACAACUCCAGGCUCCCAACCAACGCUAAAAAGUGUAAUGUCUAGUAAGCAAACAAUACACAAAGCUAAGAUGGCUAUUGCUAGAUGGUUUUUUGAUGCAAACAUUCCAUUCAAUGCAAUAAAGUCACCAUAUUUCCAAGCUGCCGCAGAUGCAAUUGCUGCUAUUGGUCCAGGUUUCAAAGUUCCAACAUAUCAUGACUUAAGGGUUAACCUGUUGGGAGAUUGCAAGAGAGAGUGUUCGUUACUUGUUGAAAGUUAUCGAUCUAAAUGGGCUAAGAAUGGUUGUACAAUCAUGGCUGAUGGGUGGAGCGACCAAAAGCAUAGAACUUUGAUAAACUUUCUAGUUUAUUGUCAUGAAGGUAUGGUAUUUGUGAAGUCGAUUGAUGCAUCAGCUGUAGUGAAGGAUGCCCCAACAUUAUGUAACAUGUUUACUGAAGUUAUUGAAUGGGUGGGACAUCAAAAUGUUGUUCAUAUAGUGACAGACAAUGCAGCCAAUUAUGCAGCUGCUGGUCGAUUGAUCCAUGAUAAAUAUAAGUCAAUUUUUUGGUCUCCUUGUGCUGCCCAUUGUUUGAAUCUACUCUUGAAGGAUAUAUCUAUAAUGCCUCAUGUUGCUGAGCUUGCAUCGAAGGCUUCAAAGGUGACUGUGUUUGUUUACAAUCACAUUAUAUUCUUGUCUUGGUUAAGAAAAAGGGAAGAUUGGAAAGAAAUUGUUCGUCCAGGAGUUACUCGUUUUGCUACUACUUUCAUUACAUUAAAAAGUUUGUUUGAUCACAAACAUGAUUUACAAGCUUUAAUGGUGGACAAACAUUUUACUACCCAUAAGUUAGCAAAGUCUGUAGCAGGGAAAAUUGUUAGUGAUAUUGUGUUGGAUUCUAAAUUUUGGAGUGACUGUUUUAUGAUUGCGAAGCUUAUGGCUCCGAUCAUAAAACUCCUAAGAAUUGUAGAUGGGGAUGCAGUUCCUUCCAUGCCUUAUGUUUAUGAGGGCAUGCGGAGGGCAAAGAAUGCCAUACAAGAAAUGUUUAGGAAAAAGGAGGCAGCCUAUAAACCAUACACAGAUAUAAUCAAGGCUAGGUGGGAUAAACACUUCAAACACAAUCUUCAUGCAUCUUCUUACUUUCUUAAUCCUCGGUGCCUUUAUGGUGAUAACUUUGAUGAUAAGGAUAGGGUUACAGCAGCACUUCUUCAGUUAAUUGAAAUAAAAUCAAUUUGUCCGGACAUUGCCAAAGCCCUUCAAGAGAUUCAAGUGUAUCGUGAUCGGAAAGGUAGUUUCAGUCGGGAAAGUGCUAUUAAUGGGAUGAAGACAUUAGAACCUGCCGAAUGGUGGAAAUUGUGUGGGGGCAGUGCUCCAAUUUUGCAAAAGAUGGCAAUUCGGAUUCUUAGUCAGACUUCUUCAUCAUCGGGGUGUGAGAGAAAUUGGAGCGUCUUUGAACGUAUCCAUACAAAGAGAAGGAAUAGACUUGAGCAUCAAAGGCUUAAUGAUCUUGUCUAUGUUGCUUAUAACUUGCGUUUGCAAAACAGGUGGAAACCAAAGAAGUUAUGUUACGAUCCCAUUGAUUAUGAAUCUAUUGACAUAGUUGAUUUUUGGGUGCUUGAGGAUGAAGAAGCUCCUCCUGAACUUGAUAUUGAUGAGAUUGAGAAUCUUCUUUAUCGUGGUGAUAAUGCGAUUCCAAUUGUUGGUGAUUCAUUGAGAAACAAUCAAGGUGACGAUCAAUUUGAUACUAUGGAGUUUCAAGUUGAUGAAGACAGUGGUGUUGAUGGAGAUGAUGGUGUUGAAGAUAUUGUCAUUCCGAGUGUCAUAAUUGAUUAUGGAGCAACAAGCCUCGAUGACUAUAACGAUUGA